ACACACAGACUCAGAGCAUUUCGAGCAAGCACCGCCGCCGACGCAUCUCGAGUAGUUUCCAGCUCGCCGGAGGAGGAGAAAGAUGGCAGGAAGGAAGGGCGGCGACAGGAAGAAGGCGGUUACCCGCUCCGUGAAGGCCGGGCUCCAGUUCCCCGUGGGCCGCAUCGGGCGCUACCUCAAGAAGGGCCGCUACGCCCAGCGCGUCGGCUCCGGCGCCCCCGUCUACCUCGCCGCCGUCCUCGAGUACCUCGCCGCCGAGGUCCUGGAGCUUGCAGGCAACGCUGCCAAAGACAACAAGAAGACACGCAUCAUCCCCCGCCACCUGCUUCUCGCCGUCCGCAACGACCAGGAGCUCGGCAGGCUGCUCGCUGGCGUGACCAUCGCCCACGGCGGCGUGAUCCCCAACAUCAAUUCCGUGCUGCUCCCCAAGAAGUCCGCCGCCGCCGAGAAGGAGGCCAAGUCGCCCAAGAAGAAGGCCGCCACAAAGUCCCCCAAGAAGAAGGCCGUCGCCACCAAGGAGUAGGCGCCCCGUAGCCUAGCCUGCUCCUUGAUUCAGGGAGAAGAUGAUGAGACUUUUGAUUGAUUGGAUCAUGUGUAUCUAAUUGCCUAUAGUCUAGUGGCUCUUUCAUCACUUCGAUGAGCAAGCCAGUAAGGGCUCUGUUGUACCCGAUUAAUGUCGAGAAUGGCUGAAGAUGCAAUCCUUCACCAUCAUGUGCUCUACUGAAUGUUUGUUGCGCUGCUUUUGCUUCA